GGUCUGGCCAAGCAGGGCAAUUGACCGGGAUUAUUCAGGAACCAACUCUCGGCUCAUUUUAACUUCCCACCCCCUGUCCAGCAGCAGCAGCUUUUGAACCUUCAUCUCCCCCCACCCGUCUCUCCUUUCCUUCCGCGAUCUUUCAAGCAACAACGACGCUUUUCGCGAUCACAUCCACUCUUUUGGAGAUCUUGCAUCUCAGUUCACUCCUUUGAACCGCGCGCGACAAACUAUUCCGUUCUCUCGAGACGAUCGCAAGCUUCAAUUACAACCGCACUCCUUUCCCAAUUGCGACAUUGGACCAUCUACAGCGCCUCAGGCCCUGACGACCACUCACGAAACCAACGACAUCUGGAUAGAAAAAAAAACAACCACACAAAACAAACCGUCACCAUGCAGCUCACUCACUUCCUUCUGCUCGCCGGUGCGCUCGGCGCCACCGCGCACCCGUCGGGCCAUGCUCACCUCCACCGCAGCGUCCAGGCUAGGCGCGAUGGUCCGGCCCACGUCAAGAACGUCCACAACAGGCCAAUCCCCAAGUCUGCCGCCGCCGCCGCCAAGGUCGCCGACCCAGCCCCGAGCGUCGCUCCUUCCCCGAAGCCGAAGCCCUCUGAGGAUAACGAGUCCGAGUCGGACGAGUUCAUUCCCUUCUGCGGCGGCACCUCGAGCAAGUCGAAGCGUGUCACGUACGAGCAGGUCAUGUACACUGGAAACCAAGGCACCAACAACGGCUGCGAGUGGAACUCCAACCUGAUGUUGGUCCCCAACAGCAUCGCCGACAAGUACAAAUACGUCCAGGAGUACAAGAACGUCGCCGACGAGACGUACCAGGUCAUCUGCGCCAACAAGAUGGGCGCUGACGGCGGGCUUACCGGCAUGUUCGAGGUCGAGGGCCAGAAGCAGCUGAUCUUCAACCUCGAGCCCGGCGAGACCAAGACUGUGGUGGCCGACAAGAACACCCAGGGUGUCUGCGCCUUUGCGCCCGGGAAGAUCCAGAAGACCCUCCACGGCCAAUACGCCGGUGUCUGGGCCGAGUUUGACUUCGAGAACACUAGCAACACGGGCUGGUCCGGUGCCGACUGCUCUUCCCUCGUCGCCCAGCACUACAAGCUGGACGUUCCCGGCUGCCGCAUGUCGGAGGGUGGCGUCGACUCGACCAUUCUCGCCGGCGGCAUUGGCGACAACGCCUACACCAAGGGCAUGGAGAAGCUCGACGGCAUUGGCCUCAACAUCGUCCCCGGCAAGACCGUCAUCAAGGUCUACGUCGGUUUCUCUUAGAUUGGGGGUUCCGGUUUUCUCAUUCUCCACGACUGACGGUGUCGAUACGACAAUUUAAUGGCGCCUGAUAGGGGUCGACGCUUCUGCUUUUGUGUGCACCCGGUUUGCUUUUCUGUUCGCUAUAUCCAUGGUUUGGCUGGGACAAAGUAUUGGCUGGGCUCUCCUGGAAACAAGG